AGUCUUUUCAAUACAAGCUGAGUGAGAAAAAGAUGUACUCAAUAAAGAUUGAUUGGUCUGAAUCCUGAAGGGGGUCUCCCACUUGUUAAUGCCCCAGAAAAAAAAUUCAUGACGACUUCACUGGGGCUCCUCUUCUUUCCUCCAUUUUUCUUUUCAUCUGUCCUCUUCAUGGAUUGGAGCAUCACUACAUGUAGAGUCCAAGCUAGGCUCUCUGUCGCUAAGCAUGGCUGUGCUGCAUGGUAGGACAUUUUAAGCAGUGCUUCCAAACUUGAGACAUUAGCAGGAAUAUGCUUUGUUCCUUUGGAUUACUGCGGAGCUAACUGCAGCCACAGCCCUUGGGAGGACUUAAUACUUUACUUCGUUGAUUAAUCUAUUUAUCUUCAGAGAUGGGUAGGUCUUAAAUAUUCAGAUUUGCUCAAUAUUAUGCCAGGUGGAUAUCUGAUCUCUCCUCCUAUUCUAUUCUGGCUCUUUUUUUCUCUUCUCUCUCUCUCAUGGUGAUGCUGCAUGCUCAGUAACUAUAGGAAAUAGAGAGAGAGACUUACUCUAUGCUUAAACAAAGGCACCAGAUUAACAAGAGUGGGGAGAAAAGUCGUGCAAGAUUGUGCUUAUCAAGCCUCUAAUCAUCGUGCAGGGUAAAAGGAAUCAGGACCCGUAUGCCAAUGGUCUAGGAUGGCCAGUGAAGGCUCUAACAUCCCCAGUCCUGUGGUGCGGCAGAUUGACAAGCAGUUUCUGAUUUGCAGCAUAUGCCUGGAACGUUACAAGAACCCCAAGGUACUUCCCUGUCUGCACACUUUCUGUGAGAGGUGUUUGCAGAACUACAUCCCAGCACACAGUUUAACACUGUCUUGCCCCGUGUGCCGCCAGACCUCCAUCUUGCCAGAGAAAGGGGUUUCAGCACUCCAGAACAACUUCUUCAUCACAAACCUGAUGGAUGUGCUGCAGCGAACGCCAGGCAGCAAUACUGAGGAGUCUUCCAUCCUGGAGACAGUCACAGCUGUGGCUGCAGGAAAACCUCUUUCUUGUCCAAACCACGAUGGAAAUGUGAUGGAAUUUUAUUGCCAGUCUUGCGAGACUGCCAUGUGUCGAGAAUGCACGGAAGGGGAGCACGCAGAACACCCCACCGUCCCACUCAAGGAUGUGGUUGAGCAGCACAAAGCUUCCCUUCAAGUCCAGCUCGAUGCUGUCAACAAAAGGCUCCCAGAGAUAGACUCUGCGCUUCAUUUCAUAUCUGAAAUCAUCCACCAGUUAACCAACCAGAAGGCUAGCAUUGUAGAUGACAUCCAUUCCACCUUCGACGAGCUCCAGAAGACUCUAAAUGUGCGCAAGAGCGUACUGCUCAUGGAGCUGGAAGUGAAUUAUGGCCUUAAACACAAAGUCCUUCAGUCACAACUGGAUACUCUGUUGGAGGGACAGGAGAAUAUCAAAAGCUGUAGCAACUUUACUGCUCAGGCCCUCAACCAUGGCACCGAAACGGAAGUUUUGCUAGUUAAAAAACAGAUGAGCGAGAAACUCAAUGAACUUGCCGAUCAAGACUUCCCCUUGCAGCCCCGGGAAAAUGAUCAGCUGGAUUUCAUUGUAGAGACUGAAGGACUUAAGAAAUCUAUUCACAACCUGGGGACUAUUUUAACCACCAAUGCUGUGGCCUCUGAGACAGUUGCUACAGGCGAAGGCCUGAGGCAGACUGUGAUUGGACAGCCUAUGUCAGUUACUAUAACAACUAAGGACAAAGAUGGGGAGCUGUGCAAAUCUGGAAAUGCCUAUAUCACUGCUGAACUGAGUACCCCUGAUGGCAGUGUGGCAGAUGGAGAAAUACUUGACAAUAAAAACGGUACUUAUGAAUUCUUGUAUACUGUCCAGAAGGAGGGAGAUUUCACCCUCUCCCUGAGACUCUAUGACCAGCACAUUCGAGGCAGCCCAUUUAAACUCAAAGUGAUUCGUUCAGCAGAUGUGUCUCCCACAACUGAAGGUGUUAAGAGGCGUGUUAAGUCCCCAGGAAGUGGUCACGUGAAACAAAAAGCUGUGAAAAGACCUGCAAGCAUGUAUAGCACUGGAAAAAGAAAAGAGAAUCCCAUUGAAGAUGAUUUGAUCUUUCGAGUAGGUACCAAAGGAAGAAAUAAAGGAGAGUUUACAAAUCUGCAAGGGGUAGCUGCAUCUAACACGGGAAAGAUAUUAAUUGCAGACAGCAACAACCAAUGUGUGCAGAUAUUUUCCAAUGAUGGCCAGUUCAAAAGUCGUUUUGGUAUCCGAGGACGGUCUCCUGGCCAGCUGCAGCGGCCAACAGGGGUUGCUGUUCAUCCCUGUGGGGACAUAAUCAUUGCAGACUAUGAUAAUAAAUGGGUUAGCAUUUUCUCUUCUGAUGGGAAGUUUAAGACAAAAAUUGGGUCAGGAAAGCUGAUGGGACCAAAAGGUGUGUCUGUGGACCGCAACGGACACAUCAUAGUGGUAGACAACAAAGCGUGCUGUGUGUUCAUCUUCCAGCCCAAUGGGAAAAUCGUGACCAGGUUUGGUAGCCGAGGAAAUGGGGACAGGCAGUUUGCAGGUCCUCAUUUUGCAGCUGUUAACAGCAACAAUGAAAUUAUUGUUACAGAUUUUCAUAAUCAUUCAGUCAAGGUAUUUAAUCAAGAAGGAGAAUUCAUGUUGAAGUUUGGUUCAAAUGGAGAAGGCAAUGGACAGUUUAAUGCCCCAACUGGGGUAGCAGUGGAUUCAAACGGAAAUAUCAUUGUGGCAGAUUGGGGAAACAGUAGAAUCCAGGUUUUUGAUGGAAGUGGAUCGUUUUUAUCCUACAUUAACACAUCGGCUGAUCCACUUUAUGGUCCCCAAGGCUUGGCCUUAACUUCGGAUGGUCAUGUUGUAGUGGCAGACUCUGGAAAUCACUGUUUCAAGGUUUAUCGAUACUUGCAGUAACAGCAGGUAUCUGAGUAGCCCUAAGCCACUGUCCUGUACUAUAACCUGGACUGGAUUUUUCCAUGCAGAACCUAACUACAACUAGACUGAGUUCAUUUUCAUGUCUGAAGGAAUCUCCAUUGGAUUUGUUCACGGUUGUUUCAAAUGUGACUGUUUACUUAAGACUAUAAGACUGCACUUCUGAUUUCCAUAACUCAUCUUUAGUGUUUAAAAAAGAAAACUCUCUUUUCCCAAAUCCUUUAAAACAGCAGAAUCUCAAACCUACAAACUUUGGCUGGUAGAACAGGAAUUUGCGUAGCUGACGACUCAUUUUGUGAAUCAAACCAACCAACGUUUUGGAAAAGCUAAAGCAUCUGAAGACAUUUAUUCAACCUGUGAAUGGUAGCUUUUGCUCAGAGCUUCCACAUACAAAACUUACUGUAGAUAUAUGUUAUUUAACCCAGAUGUAAGAUCUGGGAGAGUUCUAGACCUCAGCUUUCAUGGUAUGUAUUACUCGUGGCGUUCUUCAGUCAUCACCAUCGGCAACUAUAACUAAAUAGGUUCUUUUACAAAGUAAGGCUGCCUUGCAAAAUCCUUAUUGCUCUGAUUGUCGGGCCCAAGAUGCCUUGACAUUAGCACUAUAAGAAUCAAUGCAAAUUUCCCAUUUAUUUGGGAAUAGAUCAAAGACCCUUUCUGUGUGUUCUUUUCACCUUCUUUUGCUCACCUGGUAGCAGAACACAAAGUAUGCUUGCAGGGGGGGCACCUGAUAUUCCUAAGGCUUUGAAAUCAUUGUCACACUAUAGUAGUUAGUGCUACCUUUCAAUAAACAAAUAAUCCCAUUAACACAAAAUGAACAUAUUGGGUUGUAAUAAGAAAAAAGCCAGUUCUUCCACGUGUGCCAUGCUCCCACAUUCAUCCUUUGGUCACUCCACAAAAGUGUAAGCUCUGCCUUCCUCAACGCAUCAGCACAAAUGGUAGGACACACAGUAUCGCCUAGGACAGAGAGCCAUACAAAUAGCCCUUGGAGGACAUGGGGUGGUCAGCCAAAGGUAUGUAAGCAAUCGAUGAAUGGUCUCAGCAUUAAAAGCAAGUGUUACCAAAGUUGUGUUACCUUAAGAACGUUACAGGUAAGAGCAUGUUAUGGUUAUUUAUCACUGUCUGAUGAAUAGAAAGGUUAAGGGAUUCUGUAUACAUGGUUAUAGGAUAAGGUAGAGUGUAUUAUAUAUAUAUACAUAUAUACAUAUAUAUAUAUAUAGCCAAGCAUUUGAUGAUGUAUUGAAAUAGGCAGCACCCUGAAAGAGGAGACCAUCCUCAUGUCAGUUUUUUGGUACAUUCCUUUACUUCCCAACUUAAUUCAAUCAUGUGGACACAAUCCCUAUUUUGGAAAAUGCUUUAGAAGACCAGUUUGGGCCAUUUUCCCCUGAUGGUGGCAGUGGCCACCUUUUAGUUAAAAAGAAAACUUUGUGAUUUUCACAACAUAUGUGAAAUAGUUCAAUCCAUCUUAAGCAAUACUUUCAGCAUAAUUAGCUCAAUGGUUAUAAGUAUCUCUAUUACUGUUAAAAUAAUAUUGUUAUCCCCUUUCCCCGCUUAAUUUUCUGUUCAGUUGCAAUCAAGAUGGUGUCAAUUUGAAAGAAUAUUGGGAGGGUUUUUUUUAAGCACCUUAGAAUUUUUUUUUUAAUUCUCCCUUCUGUACAAGUAUUUGAAGGCUUUUUGUUUUAAGAACUAAUAAUUCUUUUAUAGAGGAUUUUUCUUUUUUCUUUUUUUACACAGAGCAAAUCAGUCUUAUCAUUUCUAGUUGGCUGUUAAGAACCAUUCUACUCCAAACAACCACUGAGCUUUAUAAAGACUAAAUAAUUUUUUUUUUGAGGGAAAUGUACUUUGAGGUUUGGUACCUCUUGUUUAGGUGGAAUUUCUAAACUUUGUCUUUGUUUUGAGCCUACAAGGUAGUUGUAAAAUUCAAUAAAACUUUUCAGAAUGUUCAACCAUGAUACUCUUUUCCAGAAUAAGGGCAGCAAGCCUACAGCUUUGACUUUGGUUUGUCCUAAUACUCUGCAGGACAGGGAGGACAGACUCACCAUGGUUAUCACAUUGUUUUUAAGCCUCAAAAAUGGGUACAAUUAAAUUAACUUUAGUUUAUCUCAGAACCUAAAAGAAUAACAAAGCCUUUAUAUUAAGCAUUUUUUUUCCACAGGCUUUCAAUCUUAGGAAUAUUUUACUUAAAGAGAAUUUUCUACUUGCAUAAGAUUUGAAUUAUGUUCAUGAACUAAGAAAACAACAUUGAAUCCAACUAUCCAUUUCAUUUCUGAUAUGGAGUACUAAUCCUGGCUCUAAGCAAUGCUUUUUACCUGGCUUAAUACUACUGGGAAGAACCUAAAUGCUUGUUUAGGCCCCUUGGCUUUGCUUAUAUUCGAUUGCAAUAAUAGUGCAAAGUGGAAUGGAAUUUACUAGAAACUGUAAUUCUGACCUGUCCCACACUAUCUAAAUAUUGCUAAAAAACAAAAACAUAUCUUUUGGGCACUCCAGGAAACACUAAGUUUUAAAAAUAUAUAUUUAUACUUGUAUGUCGAAAUAUAGAUAUCAUUUCCUCCUUGAGUGUAUACGCGUGCAUUUACUGUAUCCCUUUUCCCUGAAACAUAUUCUAGAAGUGCUUCUGAUCAGACGUUAAUAAACAAGGUUUCAAUGCAAAAGCUGUCACAUCCUAGUGAGGUCAAACUAUUUUUGGUAUGCUAAGAGAAAGAUCGAGAGAGUCGGGCCAUCUCUUAGGCCCCUGAAGUUCUUUGUUUUUUUCAUUGUCAAGUAUACAGAAUCUGUCUCAUGGUGAUUAUGAGGAGCACCUGAGUCACUAAUUCAGAUUCCCCCGGGGCACUUAGAAUAAAACCCUGCUGAUAACUGUUGAGAAGUCAGUGAAUAAAGCUUUCUACCACAGUCACACUACACACCAACCCAGCUUGACACAGGGAGACAAAGAUGUCACCUGAUUAACCAGAAACUCUUGGAUUAAAAGCUUCCAAAGACAAAUGUUUGAAGACCAGGGUGUGAAAAAUCUGUAUUUUUUUUUCAUUUAAGAGACUUGGUAUUUUUGUCCAAAUGUUUUCCAAUAACUAAACAAACCCCCCCAGUCAGCCAUCUUUAGUUACUCUUUUUGUUAACCACUAGACAGUUAUCAAAAGUUCCUGUUCCAAGUGCUGUUGACUUUACAGGGUAUGUGUAAUCUUAAGAGUUAACUAGAAAAGCAGCUGAGUAGUUGGUAUUGGUGGAGCACCAGCAAUGCAAGGCUUUAAUGUGGAGGCUUUAAAGGGCUCUGAAGGCUGUACUGGGGAGAAUCUGAAAAGGAGAAGUUGUUAGGAUACUAUAACACUCACUCCAAUCCCUAGUUUCUAAGAAAAAACAAAAGAAGAAGAAGAAAACAAUGACUAAGAGGAAAUGCACAUUUAUUUCAAUCAUACUCAAGCAUUAACGAAUUUUUACAUAGGUUAAAAUUUCAGCUAUUUUGCUGCAAAUGUUUCAUGGUAAACAUUUGUUGCAAACAUCUGAUAUUUCUUCAAAACAUGAUGCUGUCAAUAACCAUUUGCAGGGCUUUAAAUUUUAUAUUUUUGUUAAUAUUUUUUAUAACAAAGGAUCUAGUGUUGCCAUAAUGGAAAUGAAGUGCCCAUUAAAGAUGUGUUUAUUAUGAAGAAAUGAUUUUUUUUGGCUUUGCUUUUGAAUGACAGCAAACUACCCAUUACAAUAAUGUAACUAACCCCCCAAUGCAUUCUGAAGAUAAGUAGUGUGCACUGCUUGCGUGGUUUGCAUGUGAAGUUGAUAUGAAUGAUAUUAGCACCCUAGAGUAGACGGAUCAGUGGGCUAUGUUGUUCAAAUGAAUGUACAGCACUCAAUGUUUGUAAAAAGCAACACGGCCUUACUCUUAAUGCUUGUGCUCUUGCUUUAUGACGUGAGAAUGUUUCUCUCAUCAGCAUUGUUAGCGGAACCCUGUGCCAGAGUGCUUGCUCAUUCUCCACCUUGGACCCUUCUCCUCCUACUCCUGGCAAUGAGGAUGCGAAGGGACUGUGUAUGUGUGUGUGUGUGUGUGUGUGUGUGUGUGUGUGUGUGCAUGUGCGGCUCAAGCGUGUGUGUAUUUUUUUUGGAGGGGGGUGGGCGUGUUUGUACAUUCCAUUAUUAUAAGUCCUUUUCAUGUUUUAUGUACAGAACAUAUAAUGUCUUGCACUCUCGGAAGUUGAUACUGAAAUAUUCUCAUUGUUUCUCUUACAAAACAAAACGCUGACUGCUUGUUUCAGGUUGAGGAUGAAAGCUUGUAUCAAAAGUGUGUGUGAGUGUGUGUGUGUGUGUGUGUGUGUGUGUGUGUGUAGCAUCAUGUGUACCACGGUACUUUGGAUGCUUUAGUCUACAAAUAAAAACUUUAAAUCUAUUCUGUCAUGAAAUAUAGGAGAAAAAAAAGAUUCAAAUGUGUAUCUUGACCGUGCACAAACUCUCAAAAUGUUAUAAUAAAGCUCGUUUCCUCUGUUGGUUUCAGGG